AUGUCGAGCAGUGUCCAUUACGACGCGAUUGUGGUCGGAGCAGGGGUGGUAGGCCCCUGUCUAGCCAAGUGUCUGGCAGGCCAGGGCCGUAAGGUGCUCAUCAUCGAGCGGGAGUGGACGAAGCCGAACCGGAUUGUUGGCGAGUUGAUGCAGCCUGCCGGGUUGCUUGCGUUGAAGCGUCUAGGCAUGGCAAAGGCCGUGAACAAUAUCGAGGCGAUCCCCGUGGAGGGCUACUACAUCUCGUACUUCGGCAACGGGGUGACGAUCCCGUACCCGGAGAAGACGGUGUUGCGGACACUGGCUACGGCACCCGUGGCGGGCGCCGUGGAGCAGGGCGACGAGGACAAGAUGGAGUCCGACUCGACGCUCGACAUGCGGCAGUGGGACGAGAGCCCGAACCUGCGAGGGGUGGCUCUCCACCACGGUGAGUUCUUGACCCGCUUGCGGGAGCUGUGUCUUGCCGAGGAGAACGUCACGAAGCUUGACGGCAACGUGACGGGAAUGGUGCAGGAAGACGGGCGGGUCGUCGGCGUCGAGGUCGCAGACAAGGGUGUCUUCCGGGCGUCCCUGGUGUUCUGCUGCGACGGGAUCUACUCGAAGUUCCGCAAGGAGCUCGCAGCUGACUUUGUCCCCUCCGUCGGGUCGUACUUCGUCGGCAUGGACCUCGUCGACGCAGACUUGCCCAAGAAGAACCACGGCCACGUGAUCCUGGGCCAGCACGCCCCCGUCCUCAUCUACCAGAUCAGCCCCCACCACAGCAGAAUCCUCUGUGCGUACCGCUCGGCCAAGCUCCCAAAGAAGGCCGACGUGCUCGAGUACCUUGCAGCCAGUGUGCUCCCACAUUUGCCCGAGUCCGUCAAACCGAGCUUCCAGCACGCCUACGAGAGCUCCGUCGACGGCACCAGCAUCUACAAGGCCAUGCCAAACCAGUACCUCACCGCCCGUCUCAACGAUGUGCCCGGCUUUGUCUGUCUCGGCGACUCCUUGAACAUGCGCCACCCGUUGACCGGCGGGGGCAUGACCGUCGGCUUGAACGACUGUGCCCUCCUCUGCGAGCUCCUCUCGGAGCUCUCCAACGAACAGCUCAAGGACCACGAGGCCGUCCUCCAGCGCAUGGUCCGUUUCCACAAGGCCAGAAAGGGCCUUGACGCCGUCAUCAACACCCUCUCCAUCGCCCUCUACACCCUCUUUGCCGCAGACAGCCCGGCGCUCACCCUUCUCCAGCAAGGCUGCUUCCACUACUUCCUCCGCGGCGGCGAGUGCAUCAGUGGGCCCAUCGGCUUGCUCAGCGGUGUCAUACCAAGGGCUUCCGUGUUGUUUUACCACUUCUUUGCUGUCGCCUUCUACUCCUGUUGGAUCAACAUCCGAGCCAAGGGCCUCCUCGGCUUCCCCGUCGCCCUCUGGCAGAAUACCGCCGCCCUCGUCACCGCCUGCUUUGUACUUCUCCCAUUUCUCAGCCAGGAGCUCUUUAGCUGA